AUGCGUCGUCAUACACUAGAACAUGAUAAUAUAGAACAACAGAUUAAAUCAGUAAUUACUUCACCUACACGAAAGUUUUUCAAUUUCAAAAAUAUUAGUGACAAUUCCAAAAGUAUUCUUAAUUUUACUCGACGAACACGACGUUUUAGUGCACCGGAAAAAAAAUACUUUGAUAGAUUAGAUAAUGAUGCUGAACUUGAUACUAUUGAUGAAAUCGGUGCAAUUUUUUUAUCAAUGACAUUAAAUGGUCGACCUCGUCUAUUUUCAACACCUGAAAGACAAGAUCUUGAAACAAUAUAUGAGAACUUCUUAUUUGAUCUAUAUGCUAUUCAACAUUUAGAUACGAUGCAUGUUACUCGAAAUGAAGCUAAUGCUACAGCUGGUAGUUUUGAUGAAACCGAUAUAGAUCGAUCACGAUCAUCGAGUAAAACAAAUACUGAUUCAACAUCAAAACGAGCUCGUCUACAAGCUGUAUUUUCUUCGCGUAGUAAUACAAAUGAUAAAAAAACGAAUGUAGUAUUGACUAAUUCUGUUGGAGUAUCAUCUCACAGACCAAAUAAUACUUCUGGUCCUGGUGGCGGCGCUACUGCUGUUGUUGCUUCUGCUGCUAAUAAUGAAACAAAUGAUGAUUCUGAUCAACGAAAUGUUGUUGCUGCUCUUGCACCAUAUGCAAAUACUGCUGUGCCUGUUUCACCAUUAAGAUUACCACUUGGAAAAUCUAAUUUAACAAGUUCUGCUUCUUCAUCACCAUCAUCAAUGAAAGAACGUUCUAAUCGACGUACUCGUUCUGGUUCAAACAGUGAUUCACAAUCAGUAUCUGAUAAGUCUCUUUUUUCAAAAUUAUUUUCAAAAAAGCCUAAAAAACCUCUGGGAACAUUAAUAACAACAACAACAAAAUCAAUUAAUAUAGAUGUAAAUAAAAAACGACAGAAUCUUAUUACUCAAUCAUCAUUAUCAAAAGAUCAUGGACGAUCAACAAUCAAUGAAGAAGAAGAAUGUGAUGAUAAUGAUCCAAAUAUUUCUACUGGUUCUUUGUCAGAUACGGAUUGUCUUGAUGAAAAAGAUGAUGUUAUAAAUACUAGCCUUAGUUCUACUACGACUUUAUUUGGAAGUAGAACAAAUAGUAGUUCUGGAAAAAAGUCAAAGGCAACUACACAUCUUGUGACAUUACCUACAUCAGAUUCACAAUAUUAUGCAUCAAUGUCAUCGGCACCGACGGGUUUUUCAAUUUCUUAUCAUAAGUGGUUGUCAAAAGGUAGUGAUGAUCUUCGAAUACAAGCAGCAAUCGGUCGACUUCAACAACAAAAUAAAAAAGCAACUGCUGGUGGAACAAGCAAUUUAAUGUCACUUUUCCAAGAUCCUAAUAGAAGUGGAACACAAAGUCCAACUUCUAUGAGUGGCACAACUCGAACUCGAGUUACAACAUUUUCUGGUCAAACAAUAAUUACUCGAAAUAGUUCAUCAUCAGAUCAACCGCCAACAUAUUGUAUUCGUCCAUCGUCUGCUUCACCUACUCAUGAUGGUGAUGAACCAUUUAUCAGUGAUGAUGAAAUUUAUACACAUUUCAUGAAAUAUAAUACAUGUUAUGAUAUAUUGCCGAAAAGUUCUAAACUUGUUGUAUUUGAUACUCAAUUAGCUGUAAAAAAAGCUUUUUUUGCUCUUGUUUAUAACGGUGUACGUGCAGCACCAUUAUGGGAUACGAAACGACAAAAAUUUAUUGGCUUAUUAACAAUAACAGAUUUUAUUCUUAUACUGCAGAAAUAUUAUAAAGAACCACAUGCACGAAUUGAAGAAUUAGAAGAACAUAGAAUUGAAACAUGGAGAGAUGUUUUACGAGAAUAUGAAAGACCUUUACUAUCUAUUAAACCAAGUGAAAGUUUAUUUGAAGCUGUACGUAUUUUAUUAGAAAAUCAUGUUCAUCGAUUACCUAUUAUUGAUCCAAUAACAAACAAUGCUGUAUUUAUUUUAACUCAUAAACGAAUAUUAAGAUUCUUUUAUUUAUAUAUUUAUGAUUGGCCACAACCUUCAUUUAUGUCGAAAACAUUAGAAGAAUUAAAAAUUGGAACUUAUGAUAAUUUAAUUACAAUUGAAGAAACUACAACAGUAAUUGAAGCCUUAAAUUAUUUUGUAAAACGUCGUAUAUCAGCAUUACCUGUUGUUGAUAAAGAUAGAAAAUUAGUUAAUAUUUAUUCAAAAUUUGAUGUUAUUGGUUUAGCACCAGAUAAAAGUUAUCGAAAUUUAAAUAUGACAAUAAAUGAAGCAUUAUCAUAUCGAAAAGAACGUUUUGAAGCUGUUGCAAAAUGUUAUAAACAUGAAUUAUUAUCAGCAUGUAUGGAACGUAUUGUUAAAGCUGAAGUACAUCGUUUAGUUAUUGUUGAUAAUGAUCAACAUGUUAUUGGUAUACUUUCAUUAUCCGAUUUACUUCAUUAUAUUGUCAUACGCCCAACUAAAUCCGAAAAUAAUACAACAACAUUAGUACCACCUACAACUGAAUCUAAUCAAGAAAUAGCAUAG